UGGAAUUUGUACUGUGCAUAUAUAAUAUAUAAUAUGGAGCAAGCCUGCAUGCCUCUAACAUUAUAUAUAUGUGUGUGUCCGGGGUGCUGGUCUCUAAGUAGUUAGCCGGCCAUAAUAAUUCUCUCUGAUCAUCAUCUCCAACAACGAAUGGGACGGAGACCAUGCUGUGAUAAAGUUGGAUUGAACAAGGGGCCAUGGACCGCCGAAGAGGACAAGAAGCUCGUCGACUUUGUUCUCGCCAACCACCCCCAAUGCUGCUGGAGAGAAGUUCCUAAAAAUGCAGGGCUCCUUAGGUGUGGCAAGAGUUGCAGGCUGAGAUGGACUAAUUAUCUGAGACCGGAUUUGAAGAGAGGCCUUUUAUCCGAAUAUGAAGAGAAGCUUAUUAUUGACCUUCAUGCUCAGCUUGGCAACAGAUGGUCUAGGAUCGCGUCUCAUAUGCCUGGAAGAACUGAUAAUGAGAUCAAGAAUUUGUGGCAUACUUACAUCAAGAAAAAGUUAAGCAAGAUGGGGAUUGAUCCUGUCACUCACAAACCAAUUCUUGCUGGCCCUCCUAAUGGUAAUUAUCAGGAUCAUGACGCUCUAUCUCAAAAGGAAGCACAAAAGAGUAGAGAAGAAAUGCAAGAGCAAGAUAAAGGUCAAGAAAAUUGUGAUGGGAUUUCAUCAUUAGAGGAGUCCAUUAUCAGUAACACUGAUGAUUAUCGUCUGGACAAAGAACAAGUAGCAAUGGACACUAGCAAUGGCUUUUCUGUCCCUGAAGUCCCAUGGAGCAUACCCCAUGAAUUUUGUGUUUCUAGUUCUGAUCAACAAUCUUCUUGUUCUUCGACCACUUUUUCUGAUACAAGUGCAGUAACGCUCUCUAUGUCCGAUAUCAACUCAAUACUUGAAGACUUGAGGUUUUUACCAUCUUUUGAGGAUUGGCAGAGUGAUGAUAACAGCAAGAAUUACGUGGAACCCAUGGGUGUCCCCUAUGACGAUGAUUUCGCUGAUUGGGAUUGGUUGAUUAAUGAUUUUGAUAUUGACAAUAUUGAUCAUGAAAUUGUUCAGUCUCUUCCGGACCCUGCCACUGCUUAA